UUCAUAUUUGUAUCUACCAUUUCUCCUUUCUUCCCAUUUCUCCAAUUUUUCUCUGUUUCCGUAGUACCCAUUUCUUUUCUUUGGUUAAAAAGAAGGAAAUUUCCUUUCUUUACUACCAAACAAAGAAAUUGGGUCAUUUAGUUUCUUGUUUCGAAGCUAUAACUUGUUAUAUAUACUGUGUUUGAGUUUCUGACAGUUCUGUAAUCACUUUUGAGUUUUUUGGGGGUUUGGGUUUGUGGGUGUGGAGAAAAGAUAGCAUUUUGUUGUUGUUAUGGCAGGAGUUGGAUCAAGAUGGAAGGUUUUUCGGCCAUUAUUGUCAAUUUCUUGGAGUUUUCUUCUGGCUGCCAUAUUUGUUUCAGCUGAAAGAAGUUUGAAGAAAGAAAUUGUUGCACAAAAUGCAACUCAUCAGUCAGAUGCUGAUUUACUUACUUCAGUUGUGCAAUUCUUGUGGAAGCCUGAUGAAUCUGGUUACCAACAUGUUUGGCCGGACAUGAAAUUUGGAUGGGAAAUUAUUGUUGGUUCGAUAAUUGGAUUUCUGGGAGCAGCAUUUGGGAGUGUAGGUGGUGUUGGUGGUGGUGGCAUAUUUGUUCCUAUGCUUUCUCUCAUCGUUGGAUUUGAUCCAAAAUCAUCUACUGCGAUUUCAAAGUGUAUGAUCAUGGGAGCUUCGGUCUCUACUGUUUACUAUAAUCUAAAGCUCAGGCAUCCAACAAUUGAUAUGCCUAUUAUUGAUUAUGAUUUGGCUGUUCUCAUCCAGCCAAUGCUGAUGCUUGGCAUUAGUAUUGGAGUUACUUUUAAUGUGAUAUUUGCUGAUUGGAUGGUCACUGUUCUGCUAAUAAUACUCUUCAUCGGUACAUCAACCAAGGCCUUUUUGCGAGGGGUUGAAACGUGGAAGAAAGAGACUAUCCUGAAAAAGGAGACUGAGGCUGCGAAAAAGUCAGGCGCAAAUGACGCAGAGUAUAAGCUCCUUCCUGGUGAUGCCAACGAUGCUGAAAAGAAAAAAACAGAAGUUUCCGAACCUGAGGUGCCUAUCAUGGAGAAUGUUUGCUGGAAGGAAACUGGACUCCUGUCUUUUGUUUGGGUUGCAUUUCUAGGACUGCAAAUCGGCAAGAAUUAUACAGACAAUUGUACACCACUAUAUUGGGUAGUGAAUCUGUUGCAGAUCCCGGUUGCCCUUGGUGUAUCAUCUUACGAAGCUGUUAGCCUGUAUAAGGGUUGGAGAAGGAUUGAAUCCAAGGGAGAAGACGGAACUAACUUCCGGGUGAUGCAACUAAUUGUUUAUUGCUUUUUUGGAAUAGUAGCUGGUAUGGUAGGGGGACUUCUUGGAUUGGGUGGAGGAUUUAUCAUGGGUCCUAUGUUUUUGGAGCUGGGCGUUCCUCCUCAGGUUUCAAGUGCCACUGCCACCUUUGCAAUGAUGUUCUCCUCAUCAAUGUCUGUUGUAGAGUAUUACCUUCUUAAACGUUUCCCAGUUCCUUAUGCUCUGUACUUUGUUGCCGUGGCAACUGUUGCUGCUUUGAUUGGGCAACAUGUUGUAAGGAGAAUGAUUAUGAUACUAGGAAGAGCAUCACUUAUCAUCUUCAUCCUUGCCUCCACAAUUUUUGUGAGCGCAAUUUCACUAGGUGGGGUUGGUAUCUCAAACAUGAUUGGAAAGAUCCAGCGCCAUGAAUACAUGGGAUUCGAGAACCUUUGCAAAUAUGAUCCUUAAUUAAGUUCAAGUUUAGGUGAAGCAAACUGGUCGUACAUUAGUGCUUCCCUAACUGAAGUAGAGGUUUAUGUUGAAGAACGAUUCUUGGGUUGGUGGAGGAAGAUAAAUCACCAUCUCGAUUUAUAGCUAGUUCAAUUCUACAUUAGAUAUACACUGGCAAUGAAUCUGCUGUGGAAGAUUUCUGCUCUGGAGAAAUCUGUUGUGGUAUAUUUAUGCUGUGGGUGUUUUUCCAAUAGGGAAUUUAUUGUCAUUUUUGUGUGAAAUGGAAUUCAGUUUUGAACACAAGAAAUAAUGGGAGACAAAAAGGUAGAAAUUCUCAAGUCAUUUGAUUUGUAAAACUCAUGUGUUAUCUUGGUGUAAAACACUAUAAUUGAAUUAUUAUUGAUUCCAUGUUGCCCCUUUUGCUAGUAA